GCUAAUGCAUCCGCAACUUGAUUACCUUCUCGAAAAAUGUGUGAUGAGCGGAAGUUCAUUUGAGAAAUACGAUACAAGCAAUUGCGCCAUUCGAUGCGAAGCAUCCAAGGAACUAAAUUAGGUGGUCAUGGCUUUGUAUUUCCAAAACGCUCUCCUCUUCUACCCGAUGUUUCCCAGGCAGUCCUAAAUGUCACCGGAGGAGAGAAGAUAAUGAAUAUCGAAAACAAAUGGUUCAAGAAAGACAGCAAUUGUCAAGACUUUAGUAACCCAAAAUUUUCUAGCAAUAGACUUGAUUUUAAAAACUUUCGGGUCCUAUUUUUCAUUACUUGGGUGGCUUCAGGAGUGGCUCUCAUCCUAUAUUUAGUUCGGUUCAGUUACAAGUAUAGGGACGUUUGGAAUUCUGAAACCUCUACGCUUAGAAGGAUUGGGGCCAUGUUGGGAAAGUUUUAUGAAAUAGACCCUUCUAGAAGCAACCAGAGAGCGGAUGUAGUACUUACAGCCUCUACAAACCUCAAUGGCACAGAAAGUCCAGAACUCGGCCAGAAUUGGAACCAAACAAAUACGAAUUCUGUGUUUUCUUCUGAUUCUGAAGAGCAACGAGCACCCUCAACUGAUCGAGCAUCUCCAGAAAUAGCUACUACAUCUACUGAGUCUGCUGCUGCAGUUCAAGAAAUGCAUUCAAUUACUCCAGCUGAAACAGCUCAUUAAUAUACAAAUUCAGCUCAAUAAUAUUAUAUAUCAUCAAAUAAUUAAAUAGACAGUUCUAAAUUAUUGUCAUGCACGAACCUUUCAUUUAUUUCACUUUUCUUUAAUUCAGUGCAUAACAUUAUCAGUAGGGGAUG